AUGAGUGGAGGCUCGCUAGGUGUUGACGUAGUGCAGGCCUACGCACAGCGGGUCACGGUGGAAGAUCUCGACCUGAUCGAGAAGCAUGGAGGCGUCGAAGGUUUGUUUGGAGAAUUUCAGUCCUCCAGUCUGGGUCUGUUGACAAACCAGGUUGAGGGAAACCGGGAGAAGUUCGGUGCGAAUGAAACCCCGAAGAAGGAAACCACACCCCUAUGGAAACUGAUCUGGGUGGCGAGCUCGGAUCCAAUGCUCCGGGUACUCAUGGUUGCUAGUAUAGUUAGUUUGUCUUUAGCAUUGGCGUUUGGCGAAAACAAGAAGGUCGAAUGGAUUGAGGGCUUCUCCAUUUUAAUGGCCGUGAUUAUUGUGAUUGGUGUUACGGCGGGUAAUGAUUAUAUGAAGGAGAAGCAGUUCGCAGAGUUGUAUGCGAAAGAAGAGAAGUAUGUGCAGGUGUACAGAGACCACGAGAAGGUAAAGAUGCCGGUGAGUGAAGUGGUUGGGGGCGACCUCAUUUACUUGGAGGCCGGAGAUGAAUUGCCAGCGGACGCGGUGUUGCUGAAGGGGAACAACCUCAAGGUAGACGAGAGUUCGCUGACGGGUGAACCAGACCAGGUACUGAAGAUGAACUUUGGCGAGUGUAUGGAGAAACUAGAGGCCUACCGGCCCACUCACCCGGGCGCUGCGGUCGGUAAUACCAGUGCGGCUGAAGCCCGGACGGAUUCGAACGCGGGAGUGUCGCGUGCGGGGAGUGCGAUGGAUCACCACACGGUGCCAUCGCCGGUUUUGUUGUCCGGUUCGAAUGUGGCAAGUGGGAGCGGAACGGCGUUGGUAGUGGCAGUGGGAUUGCAAUCGCAAAUGGGAAAGUUGUUUACGAAAUUGGUGGUGGACAAUGAGCCCACGCCUUUGCAGAACAAGUUGAACGGUAUGGCGCGAGAUGUAGGUCGUGCAGGUUUCACGGCCGCACUGGUCACGUUGAUUGUGUUGCUAGUAGAGUACGGCGUACAAUUGCACGAGCACUCCGAGUCUGCGCGCAAAAUUUGUGCGACGCUCGUGCGUCAUUUGGUCACGGCUAUUACGAUCGUAGUUGUGGCGGUACCAGAGGGGUUGCCACUGGCGGUAACGAUUAGUCUAGCCUUCUCGGUCGGUCGAAUGCUCAAGGACCAGAACUAUGUCCGAAGGCUAGCGGCCUGCGAGACCAUGGGCGGUGCAAGUGAGGUCUGCAGUGACAAAACCGGCACUCUCACGAAGAACCAAAUGGAAGUCGAAAGUUACUGGAACGGUUCCUUCCUCAUGGAGGGCUCAGAAAACAUCGCCUGGCCCAGCGAACCUUAUCGCACAAUUCUCAUCCAUAACAUCGUCGUCAACUCGUCCGGUUUCCUUGUCCACGAAACCGCGCAGGUUGCACAAGGACAAGCUAAACAGAUCACUAAACAGGUCGGAUCCCCCACCGACUGCGCACUCCUAGGGCUCAUCGAAACACUUGGCAACGUUGACUCCACCGCUCUUCGCAAUAUUUAUCGCGGCAUCGCACCACCUGCCUCUGACACGCUCCUCUGCCGUCCCCUUCCUCCCGGCCACCAGUUUAGCCUUGACGACCGCUCUGUCAGCUUCAAAGCCAAGGCUGCCACCCGAGGCUCUCACUCAAUCGAACUUGCACAACGCACAGCCGGAUCUACCGCGGGCAGCGCUGCUCGCAGCGACAGCGCCAGUGACGUCGCGGGUUCGAUUCCCGCCGCCGCUCCGGCCGUUUCUGGUCCGGCGGAGGUGAAGGGUGUGGUUGCCGCGAGUGCGGCCAGUGGCCGUUUGGAUCCGGGUGUACGGACGAUCAGUUUCGCGAAUCGGUCUUCGUCAUCAUUGGAGUUGUGUGUGAAUCCGGCAACGCAGGCGGCGGCGGGGUCGACACCAAGUUUCCCGCGGUUCGAAUCGAAGCAAUGUUAUAUAGUGCGUCAGUUACCGUUUAGUUCGGAGAAGAAGGCCAUGACGACGAUUGUGCAACAUCCGAGUGACCCGUCUCAGGUGCGCGUUUUCGUAAAGGGUGCUGCGGAGGUUGUCUUGAGACGUUGUGGACGGCGGAUCGAUUCCGACGGAGGUCUGAAGGAGUUGACGGCGCACAAGGUGGGCAAAAUCGAGGACGUAAUAGUAGCGCGAAUGGCUUCGCUAGCACUGCGCACGAUCUGUCUCGCUUAUCGGGAUGCCACACUUACCCCCGAACAAGUGGCAGAUGCACCGAACCUCAGCUGGGCACCCUUCGAAACCGACCUAACCUGUCUAGGCAUUGUGGGCAUUCGUGACCCGCUUCGUGAAGAAGUGCCGAAAGCAAUACGCGAUUGUCAGCGUGCCGGUGUCCGUGUGCGAAUGUGCACUGGAGACAACAUCGAAACCGCUAAACAAAUUGCACUCAAGGCCGGGCUCUAUCACCCUGAAGAUGGUGGCAUAGCCAUGCUCGGACCGGAGUUCCUCAAGCUUGUCGGAGGUGUAGUUUGCGCCCGAUGUCAAACGGAACACUGUCCCUGCGAGGUGGGCGGUGUCGCCGUCACUCAAGCCGCUGCCGAGAGCGAGGGUGGGGCCAGGGCCGAGGAUGGCGGCAAGAAGGAAGGCGACAAGAAGGAAGGCGACAAGAGUGCAGAAGUCGGGGGCAAGUUCCGUGUCUCUGCUGCGGCUCCGACAGGACCGCGACAGGAUGUGUUGCGGAACGCGGAAGAGUUUGCGUUGAUUGCGGAUAAGUUGGAGGUGAUGGCGCGUUCUCAGCCGAACGACAAGUACGCGCUAGUGACGGGUUUACGAAACCUGGGCCGUGUAGUGGCGGUGACGGGAGACGGAGUAAAUGACGCUCCAGCCUUGAAAAAAGCAGAUGUAGGUUUCGCAAUGGGCAUUACGGGUAAGGAGACGGCGAAACAGGCCGCGGACAUAGUGCUGAUGGAUGACAACUUUUCAUCGAUCGUAAAGGCGAUUAAGUGGGGAAGGAACGUCUAUGACAACAUUCAACGAUUCUUGCAGUUUCAGCUUACUGUUAACAUCGUUGCGGUGAUCACGGCUUUCGUAGGUGCUUGUUUCCUACGUGCCUCUCCAUUGACUGCUAUUCAGAUGCUUUGGGUUAAUCUAAUCAUGGACACAUUCGCCGCACUCGCGCUGGCCACGGAGAUGCCCACUGACAGGUUGCUCGAUCGGCCCCCGCACUCGCGCCAGGAAUACUUGGUCACACGUGCGAUGUGGCGCAACAUCAUGGUCCAAGCUCUUUACCAAGUCGCGGUCAUGAUGAGCGUCAUCUUUUCCGGUGAAUGUUGGCUCCCUGAAUAUAACUUCAAAUACAAUACUUCCGUGGACCCAAACUUCACCGUAUUCUCCGGCUGCGGCCACAACCAUGUCCGCUCCGGGCGCCUAUACCACCCGUUUACCACCCGAGAGGACUAUAAGGCAAGCUGGAACUAUGAUAUCACACCGUCAAGACAUUAUACCUACGUCUUUAACAUCUUCGUCAUGAUGCAGGCUUUUAACUUGCUCAAUGCACGCAAAAUACAAGACAAGGACUUCAAUAUCUUUCAGGGUCUCCAUCGAAACCCAUACUGGGUCGGCAUCAUGUUCAUCAUUGUCGUCGGCCAGGCUCUUAUGGUCGAAUUCGGAAGCCAAGCCCUAAGCGUUCACAAAGACGGACUUACGUGGCAACAAUGGUUCAUAUGCAUCGCAUUUGGAGCAGGUACCUGGGUCGUUGCCGCUCUCGGCAAACUCAUUCCCACUCGAAUCAUCACACAGAUCGUUCCCGAAACUCACAACCGUGAAGUUAAUCCACUCACAGAACCCGCCAGCCUUGCGCUCGCCAGCAGAGGCCGUAUCAGUUCCGGACGUAUCAGCUCCCGCAUGAACCUCCGGUCUACCGCAGACAUCAGCAGCACACACCUGCACUCCUUCCUUCAACCACCCAAGUCCAACACCAACCUCUAG